UUAAUUAAUGAAGUCCUCGUUUUCCAGUCGGCAAACUACUCUCUUUUCCAGUUUAUUUUAUUUUAAUUUCUCCAAACUUGGAAAACCCUAACCUCUUGAUUCGGAGGUUCGAAUUCGGCGCUCUUCGCAAUCUCUGCAAGUAACCCAUCUCUUUCUCUCUGAGUUUUUUCCUCAUUUAUUUUUUGGUCCAAAUUUUAGAUUCUUCAGUGGAAUUUUAGAGUCAUAAUGCAAAAUUAUGGAGUCGUGGAGUUUUAGGAGGGAGUUGGAGCUCCAAGAUGGUAAAUUGUUUCCAAUUCUGGAGAUAAAGCAGUAGCUUUCUUGAUUAUUUUUGGUGCUGGUUGACGAGGUAUUGCUAUUAGUAGAAAUUUGAUUAGAGAUCCGAAGAUCCAGUUCAAUUAAUUUCUAAUUCAAGUCUGUACAAGAUCUCUAUUUGAGGCAACGAACUUUAAGCAGCUCCCGAAGUUGGGAAAGACUGGAUUUUUAAAGAAAACAUGACUAUGGCUUCGCCUCGUAAAGGGCUUGCUGGUGUUAUGCCGUUCGCGAGCUCUAGAACCUCCAUUGUUGUUGCAGUUGGAGGACUAGCUACGUUCCUCGUUGUGGCAUCCGUACUUCUUACUUCGUAUCCGAUCAAUUCGUCGGUUCAAGGGUAUUUUCAAGAGGGAGCCCGAGUGGACAAACCCUCGUUUGUGUCGCCGAAAGAGAACCAGACUGAAGCCCUUGUUUUGAGGAGGAAGGGGCCGCCUUUGGAUGGGCAUGAAGGUAUUGGUAUUGAGGAGCCUAUAUCUUCAAAUGUGAAAGAAGAUGUUGAUAUGAAUGAAGAUUCGGUGAAAACAUCUUCUGAUAAGAAACAAAUCGGGCCAUCAGAGGCGUCAGAUAGUCACGAUAGCGGGAGGGAUUCGGCAUCUGGCUCAAAGAAUGAAUCUCAGAAGGUCAGUUUGGAAAUUCACGAUAAGGACCCUGCCACUGCAGAUGCUGUAACAAUAGUUCAUUCACCUCCCGCAGAAUUAAAGACGGAGGAUGGAAAGGCUGAGUCAACGAAGUGUGAUCUGUACCAAGGGAAGUGGAUAUAUGACUCAGCUGGACCACUGUAUACAAACAACACAUGCCCUUUUAUCACACAAAUGCAGAAUUGUCAGGGAAAUGGGAGACCAGACAGGGACUACGAGAACUACAGGUGGAAGCCUAACCAAUGUGACCUCCCACGUUUCAGUCCGAGGAAAUUCUUGGAGUUGAUGAAGGGCAAAACACUAGCUUUUGUUGGGGAUUCAGUUGCUCGGAAUCAGUUCGAAUCCCUGCUUUGCAUACUAUGGCAGGAAGAAACUCCCAAGAACCGAGGCAAUCGUAAGAUGCAGAGAUGGUACUUCAAGUCAACAUCCACAACAAUUAUCCGCAUUUGGUCCUCAUGGCAGGGGAUCACCAAGGUUUUUCUUGACAUCCCCGAUGAAACAUUUAUGGAGUUACUCCCAACAUUCAAUAUAGUCAUCCUUUCCUCUGGCCAUUGGUUCGCCAAGCAAUCCGUCUACAUACUCGACAACAACAUCGUCGGCGGACAACUUUGGUGGCCGAAAAAUGCUGGGAAAAUGAAAGUUAACAAUAUUGAUGCCUUUGGCAUCUCAGUUGAAACAGCUAUGGCUGCAAUUGCAAACCACCCAAACUUUACAGGACUUGCAAUUGUUCGAUCGUACUCUCCUGAUCACUAUGAGGGUGGGGCUUGGAACACGGGCGGGUCAUGUACUGGAAAGGUCAUGCCAGUUAAUGAAGUGGUGAGAAAUGGGUUCACCGAUGUGAUGCAUGAAAAGCAGACCAUGGGUUUUCAACGGGCUGUGGAGAAGUCAGAAAACGGCCGUUCCAAAUUGAGGUUGAUGGAUAUAACGGAGGGUUUUGGGUACAGGCCCGAUGGGCAUCCGGGUCCAUACAGGAGUCUGGAUCCGAACAAGAUCACAAAGAGAGGGCCACAUGGUGAACCGCCGCCUCAGGAUUGUUUGCAUUGGUGCAUGCCAGGACCAGUUGACACUUGGAAUGAGAUAUUGUUGGAGGUCAUCAGGAGGGAAUUUGAGGGAGCAUGAUUCAUUUAUGUUUUACUGUAAAUGUGCAUCAGCCGUAUUUUAUGUAUAUUUAUGAGGAGGAUCUAAGACCGCGGCAACUACGCCAAGGGCACGAUAUGGGGGAGGUAAAUCUGUUCAUGUUUUGUGAAUUGGCUUUUUUUUUGUGUGUACACCCGCCUCAGUUCUUCUCUGAGACAAAACAUAGCUGCAUGCCCUUUUGUAUAGGACAGGUAAAUUUUAGCCACCAUCUAAUCAGGUCACGUAAUAGUGAAUUCAAGGAAAAGAGAGGGAGAAACAGAUUGACAUAUUAUUUUUUUUAUUAAGGAGAGUCUUUUAACUUAUCCCUUGGUUGGGAGUGAAUUAUGUAACAUCAUAUGCGGUUUCAGCGAAAUUGCCUUUUUAUUCGACUUGAAGAAUGAGAUUUCACCAGUUGCGUGUUA